AUUCAAACAGUUCGUACAGCAUUGUGACGCGCUUCUGCUGCACUACCAUUGGCCUGGAAUUGAAUAACAUCACCUGCAACAUCCCUAGCUCUAGGCUCUGACGUCCAUACUUUCUCACGGUUUACCCUUACGCAUCACACCACAGCAUUCCAAACCUCUCCACAUCACAUCUCAAUUGCACGACGAACCCCAAAAUGUCUCCCCUUUCAGUGCCCAAAAUCUUCAUGGCAGGCGGCGCCGUCGGCUUUGGUUACUACCUGUACAUGCGACAGUACUGGUUCCCCAACCCCUACAAGACACAGGGCGUCGAGAACAUCGAGAACCGCUUCUCCGCCGGUGGAGGCCAUCCCACACACACGCCUGCGCAAGCCAGCCUACGAGGCUCAUCAACAGACAACGAAGGCAGAAAGGAGGGUGGCAGCAACAAAGGCCCUGACUCGGAGCACUUCAAGGGCAACCACUCGAGCCAGCAGAGCGAUGGUGUCUGGCCGGCAAAGUUCUAUGAGCAGCAACUCAACAACCCCAAAGGCAAAUAAGCAACUCGCCCAAGCCCUCGAGCGAACAUCUCAAAAGAUAAUAAAAUCCAAGCAUGGCGAAGUCUUCAAAGUUAUUUGAUGCACCGAUUCAAGGAGUGGGCGUUUUGAAGCAUGAAGGGAUAGUCCUGGUGCAUGUGUAGCAUGUCACCCAUCAUGACAGAUGCGAUACCAAAAAUGUAUAACAUGUUCACAUUCAUUGCCAUGAUACUCUGCGUAUCUUGAGUAUCAAUGCCACAUAUGGGCCAGGUAUGUCGCAAGCGAUAGAAGUCGCAGGGUUGCAGACCUGUCCGGGAUUUUGGUUUGGCUUGUGCUGUUCGACCUGUGUCCUGUUACUCCAAAAAUAGUGGCCGUCCAGAAACCAUGGCCUCAGAAGUUGUAGUGUGCCGUACAACAAAAGAUAAUAUGUAUAAGACUGUACACAGCUUGUGUAAGCUAGGAGGCACCCGGUACAUUGGAAAGUCUAAG